UAUAAAUAGCCGGUGCGAGUGUCAGAGUUCUCCUGGCAGGCAGGAAAAAUGAAGGGCAUAGCCACAAUCUGCUUCUGUCUCCUCUCUCUGCUGGCUCUGACCGCGGCAGAGCCGGCGGCCGAUAGGCUGAGCCGGUCGGCCGCGGAGGACGAGCCGCUGGUGCACCUGCACCUGCAGCAGCCCGAGGAGGAGCACCUGUUCACCUGCAGCUGCGACCGUGGGGAGGACCGCAGCCAGAGUUCCAAUGACACACCCGCCCCCGCCUCGGAGAGAGGCGUCUGCCAACCCUGUCCUGCGGCCACAGGGGGCGCCACCGAGCAGGCCGCCCCGAGCGCCGAGGAGUCAGCCGAAGAGUCAGCCGAAGAGUCUGCCGAAGAGACUGCCGAAGAGCUCCCCCUAGAGGAGGAAGAGGAGGAGGAAGAGGAGAAGGUGGUUGAAGACCAUGAGGAAGAGGAAGAGGAGGAGGAGGAGGAGGAGGGCAAGAGUUCCUCUGUAGAGGAGGCCGUGGCUGAGUCCGAGGAAGAGGAGGACAGUGCUGAGACGGAGACCGACGCAGUGGAGGAGGCGAUUGAGUCGGAGGAAGAGGAGGAGGAGGAGGAGGAGGAAGCAGAGGAGGAGGAGGAGGAGGAGGAAGAGGAGGAGGCAGACGCUGAAGAUGCUUCUCUGUUAGAGUCCACCGAGAGUGAAGAGGAGGAGGAGGAGGAGGAGGAAGAGGAGCAGGAGGAAGAGGCAGUGGAGCUGGUGGUGAGUGAGGAGACCUCUGCUGAAGAGGAGCAGGAACAUUCAGUGGAAGAAACAGCAGAAGAGGAGGAGGUGGAGGAGGUGGAGGAAGAGGAGGUGGUGGUGGAAGAAUCUGUAGACGCUCCAGAAACUGAAGAGGAGGCUGUUGAAGUUCCGGGGGAGGACGAGGCUUCAGAAGAAGCCACGGAGGCCAUAGAGGAGGCAGAGCCUGAAGUUGAGGCGGCUCCUGAGCCAACGGCCGAGGUCCCGGAGGAAGCAGAGGAAAUCGUCGUUCCCACGGAGAUGGCAGAUGAGCAGGAAGCUGUCGUCGAAGACGUCCCGGAGGAAGAAGAGCUUGUGGAACUCGUCAAAGUGGAGGAAGAGGGAGAGGAGGAAGAGGAGGGAAAGGAAGAGGAGGUGGUGUCAUUCAUGAGAGACAGGUCCCACAUUGAGGAGAAGCUGCAGCUGGACAUGGCCGAGCCUUCUGCAACCUAUACCUCCGCUAUGCUGAAGCUGCGUAAGAUCUACCAGACCGCCAUCAAGCCUAUGGAGCAGGCGUACAAGUACAAUGAGCUCCGACAGCACGAGGUGUCAGAGGCUGAGAUCGCCUCCAAACCCCUUGUCCUGUUCCUGGGCCCAUGGAGCGUUGGCAAGUCCACCAUGAUCAACUACCUGCUGGGCAUGCAUAACACACCUCACGAGCUCUACACAGGUGCUGAGCCCACCACUGGUGAGUUUACUGUGAUCAUGCACGGUCAGAAGUACCGGACCCUAGAGGGCAUCGUUAUGGCAGCCGACAGCUCCCGCAACUUCUCUCCUCUGGAGAAGUUCGGCCAGGGAUUCCUUGAGAAGCUGGUGGGCAUCGAGAUUCCCAACAAGCUCCUGGAGAGGGUCAACAUCGUAGACACGCCCGGCAUCAUUGAGAACCGCAAGCAGCAGGAGAGAGGUUACCCGUUCGGUGACGUGUGCCAGUGGUUUAUUGACCGCGCAGACAUGAUCUUCCUGGUGUUCGACCCCACCAAGCUGGACGUGGGCCUGGAGUUGGAGACGCUGUUCAGGCAGCUGAAGGGCCGUGAGUCCCAGAUCCGCAUCAUCCUCAACAAGGCCGACAACCUGGCCACCCAGGAGCUCAUGCGCGUCUACGGCGCCCUCUUCUGGAACAUGGCGCCACUCAUCAAUGUGACGGAGCCGCCGCGCAUCUACGUCAGCUCCUUCUGGCCCUACGAGUACGCCCCCGACACCAUCCGCGACCUCUUCAUCAAAGAGGAGGUCUCCCUGCUGGAGGACCUCAACCAGGUGAUCGAGAACCGGCUGGAGAACAAGAUCGCCUUCAUCCGCCAGCACGGGAUCCGCGUGCGCAUCCACGCCCUGCUGGUCGACCGCUACAUCCAGACCUUCCGCGACAAGAUGGGCUUCUUCAGCGACCCCGAGCUGGUCUUCAAGGAGAUCGUGGAUGACCCUGACCGCUUCUACAUCUUCAAGUCCAUCCUGGCCAAGACCAACAUCAGCAAGUUCGACCUGCCCAGCCAGGACGCCUACCGCGACUUCUUCGGCAUCAACCCGGUGAGCGGCUUCAAGCAGCUGUCCUCCCAGUGCGGCUGGCUGGGCGGCUGCCUGCUGGACAAGAUCGAGGCGGCCAUCACCGUGGAGCUGCCUGCCCUGCUCAGCAGCGUCUCUCCCGCCAAUGCCGCCGGACUCGCCUGCGAGCCCACCACCUGUGGGGAGAAGCCCGUCAACCGGUACCGCCGGCAAUGAGAGCGAGGGAGCCGGGGGAAGGAGGGAGGGAGGGAAGAAAGAGAGAGGAGAGAUUCAGGAAAGGAGAGGCUAUUGAAAAAAGGACCCCCCAUCCCCCACGCCCCCCAGUCCUACGCUGUUGCCCAGAUGGGAUGCAAGGAGGAGGGGGAGGGAGAAGUUUUUUUGGGUGGAGUUGGGGGUUCAGGGGUGAUUGAGGUGGGGCUUGGGGGUGCAGGAGAGAAGUUUCUUAAUUUGGAAUGAAGAGUGCAAUAAUUCUGUAGGUCCCAAUCGAACAGAGGAGGAGAAAUUCAUGGAGAAGCUACAGGGAUCUGCCUGGUCUCUCCUCUCCAUGUCAAAGACGCAGAACUGUCUGCAGAUCGGCAAUAGGAGCAAAAUGUAUACAACGAGGGGAAAAUUGUAAAAAAAAGAAAAGCGUAAAAUGGUCAAAAAUCAUGACUUUCAUCGGUCACACCUGCUCCCUCAUGUGUGAAUAAAGUGGGUCAAACCUUUUGCUAGUUUCUUUUUUUGUGAUUUGUUCAUAUUUAUUUUGGUUUUUUCGCUAGUUUCCAAUUCUCAGAGUUCAAGAAUUGUAUUUUUUGUUAUGUUAGCUGUCAUCGGUGUUUAUGUUUUGUUGUAAGCAUCGGAAUCUGUCAGCCAUGUUCCAUUCACAGGGACGAGAGCCUGUCUUUCUUAAUUCUCCUUGUCGUAAAUACUGUAUACGAGUGCAUUUGUUGUGCCGAUCACACAGUUGACUAAACCCCUGUGUUUGGCCUAUUCGAGAACGCCUUUAACUCCGCAUGUCAGGUGAAAGGAGAUAUUAAAAGGUGCCAGUGAUACCCAACCUUA